AUGAUCCCCCAUCCCACUGCCGGCGUCCCCUCGUGGGGUCCUCCCCCCCGUGCCUAUAACCCCAGCGGCGCCAGACGUCCACCCGAUCUCUCUCACCCCCAGUCGGAGAUGUCCACGUCCAUGCCACAGCCGCUCCCCAGGCAGCCGGCAGUGAUCGAUCUCACCGCAAAUGUCGGGGAUACACAGGAGAGAGAACCGCCGGCGAAACGGCCGAGGCUGGACCUGCCCGUCGCCGCCUCCUCCGUGGGCGACCGGAGCCCGUUCCCGGGGAGUGCUGGAGAGGCAAGGAUCACCCCGGGCGUGGGGAGCGCCAAACCGCCGUCCUUCGCCUUGCGGGGGCGGCCGGUGUGGUCCUUCCAGGCCUUGGUGUCCGAAGCUCCCGGUGCGGGUGAUGCCCGGGAGGGUGAUGCGGCGGCCGUCGCACAACGCGGGAAACGUGCAGAGCCCCCCCCGUUUCCUGUGCUGCCGUGGCAAGGUCCCCCUCCAUCUUCGCUGGAGUCUGCUGGCGCGAAAUCGCGAGACAGCUCCCCGUCAACGGUGGUGCAGACAACCCCUUAUCACAUCGAAGUUCCGCCCAGUGCGCCGGUGCUCAAAGGGGACCGAAUCGCGGACUUUUCGCCUUGGACCGGAAACCACCCGGAAGACGUCCUGAACGAGCAGACGGCGAAACAAGGCCACUAUGAUCGGACGCAAGUGUCCCAGAACGAGUCCAACACCGCUCGGCCCUCCCUCUACGCGCAAUUGAAACACCGCUCGGGCUUGCAUAUGCUCUCUGCCGUCUUUACGGCCGCGCUGGAGAAGCGUCAAAACCACAACACCGUCGCGAACCCCUCCACCUUCAAACCACCACCCCGCGUCACCCUCACGGAUAAUAAGCGCGAAGUCUGGCUGCGCGACCUGGCUAAUUCAUCGGUCCCGUUGCGCCGGUUGAGCCGGACCAUCCCUCACGGGAUCCGGGGCAAGGUGCUCCUGGACCAGUGUUUGAGCAAAUGGAUCCCUGUCAGCCGCGCCGUGUGGCUGGCCAAGUGUGUCGGUGCCAACGAAAUCCGUGCGUUCAAGAGAAAGGGGACGAGUGGAACGUUGGCGGUCGGGUUGGAGGCCAAAUGGGUUCGUGACUGGACCGCAACCGUCCAACAGUUCCUGGAGGGCGUGGUCGCUGCCUGUGGAUCUGCGGAUUGGAGGAGGAAGAUGACAUAUGCUGUCAGCUUGACUGCGCGCCUGUUCUUUGAGCGACUGCUUGACCAUGACCAGUAUCUCGGGUGGUUCUUGACGUCCUUGGAGGUUGCGCCCCUGAAUACCGUCCCUGCUUGGCUUUUGAUGCUUGGUAUUUACUGGGACAGUAUCCUACGGUAUAGGAAGCGUGCACGACGAUUGACCGAGUCGCUACUGGCAAAGCUGCAUCCGAUCUCCGAGCUCGACCGCACGGCUCCUCUCCGACCCCUGGCCGAUCGCCUGUCUUUCUUCGUCAAGCGACUCAUCCUCGAACAUACCUCCUCUGUCGUACUGCUGGACUCCUGGGACAAGUAUAAGGACCUCAUCUCAUCUUGUUUGGAUUUCAACGACAAUGUCCACAAAGCAGUAUUCCAGACUCUCGCCGAACGCAACCUGCGUAUACAGUCGCCCAAGAGCCAACACGGGCUGGGGCAGCAAUCGUCUCAGCAGCGUUUGAUACAUCUCUUGGAUUCCAUCAACGCUACCCAUGAUAUCUCGGCGACCUCCGCCGCGUGCUUGGAUGCCAUUGACGAUAGAGGCGUCGUGGUUUCGAAGCUUCUCGAGUGGACCGCUACCUCGUUCCGCUACGGUAUCUGCCGUGUCUACACCGCUGUUCGUCUCUUGCGGAAAUGGAAAGCGUCCGGAGUCGAUAUCGACUCGCACAUCUUAGACUUUCUCAACGGCGACCGAGACUCUGACUCGUUAAACAUGGGCAACAUCUACCACGUCAUUUCGGAGCUCGUCAGGUCCCAGACUUUCUCGGUGGGGCGGUAUCUGCAAUGGUUGAUGGCCAAAGGUGUUGCAGCAGAUCAUUCAGAGCCCGGCCAGCCCCAGCAGUCGGAAGCGCUCGGACUCUUGCUGCAGCUUCCUACGGGCCGGCUCCCAGAGCAUGUCCGCAACCUCCGCAACACGCUCUUGACACGGGCUGGGAUUUCGGCAUCCCAAGAGGAAUCGACAAUCGCCAGUCUGAAGGCAUCCGUCGCCGAACAGCUCCCCGACGUUUUCGAAGCUCAAAUGCUGGGUGUCACAAUGGCCGACAUGUCACCAAACGAUCUGACGUGGGCGGUCAAGUCCGAAAUUGGUCAGUGGAUGCGACGAGGUGUGACUGGGUACGCCCGUGAGAGCCAUCGGAAAAUUCCCGGGGCUUCUUGGGCCUCGGAGGCUCGAGUUUGCGCCCUAAAUCCCGACCAGUUUUAUCGUGUGCGGAGCAUCCUGGAGAGCUUUGAAGAUCUUUCGAUGCUUGCAGACGUGCUGAAGCAGGCUAGCAACUCCGAGGAUAGUGUGGUUCUGGCCUCUGCUGCCGACACCGUCAGCUAUCAUUUCAGUUCCUUGAGCGCAAUUGGUGCGGUGGCAGACCUUUUCAAAGGCCUGGUCGAAUCAUACUCCUGCUUGAAGCGACUUGGACCGCCGAAUCUGGAUCUGGUAUUUUCGCUCAUUGAGCUGGGCCUCCAGAUGCCCCACGAGCAUAACACCGUUGCCCUCCUCCGGCAAGAUCUCUGUCGGAUAGAAAACCGGUCGGCAUUGACGGCGCCGUCGCCCCUCUCGGACCACGCCCCCUUGGCUUUCAACCCAAUGGACUCCGCUCUCCAGGAGAAGCUCGACCAGCUUCUUGGACCCAACGGCGGUAUUGACGAAUCCACGAUGGACACCAUCUUCAGCUCACUCACGAAGAUCCUCGGGUCCGUCGAUGGACAACCCAGGCUGUCGGCGAAUGACGCCUGCCGAUAUCUCGCGCAGUUGAGGCUAUUCCGCCCCAAGCACUUUGACGGCAUGCUCGUGCGCUGGAUCUGCUCGCUCUUGAGGUCACCCACACGGCCCGCACUCUCCCAGAUCCUACCACCUCUGAUCGGCGUGGGAUGUGUCACUAUCCAGGCCUUUGUGUUUUUGGUGAAACGGAUCUUGCAGUCCGAAAAGGUCGCCACGGCGUUCCCCAACCUUGCGGAUUUGAGGAUCGAUCUUCUUGAGCUCCUCAUCCCGUCCGAUUCGUUCGAACCAAACAGCCAUCCGGAUCUAGUCACGUACCGCUUCCACCUGGCACAGCGAGAGUUUAUUGCCAAGCACCCCCGGGAAACUUUCGAUAUCGUUCGCGAUGCCAUUUCCCUGAUCAACUCUCACCAUGGCCAAGUUAACCCCCGACGAGCGGACCUUACCAGCUGCGCGAUGAGCCUAGUUCACAUCCUCCUUACCCAGGACCCUGAACGGGCUGUGAAAUACUGCAUGGAGAAGUUUGUCGACCAUCCGUCCUCCACGGGCGUACUGCAACAGGCUCUUGAUCAUCUUCUGGGGUUCGAUUCUGAACCUGACCGACCGGCCGAGAAGGUCGUCGAGAUGAAUGACGACUUCUCUCUGCCGUUUUGCCAGCUGAAGCUCCAGAUGAUGUUCAACGCGGAGCCGGGCAACAGUGCGAACAAUGGCAUCGUCGAUUCCAUGUUCAGUGCAGCCGUGGCGGACUCUCGUGCGAACCGCUCUCACUGGGUUGGUCUCGUUAGUCUGAUGAGUCUCGAUGCCGUGCGGCAGAUCCGUGAACGCGCCGAAAAGGCUUUCUUCGCUAUCCCCAUGUUCGAGGAGCCUGCUCAUGACUCUACAACGGAUCGAACGAGUUCACCAGACAUCGCCAAACUCUAUCUUACCAUUAUCGAGAAGCUGGCCUUCAGUGUUCCUGAGACCGGGGUACCGUUUGUCGCUCCUAUUAUCGUGGAGAAGAUGGACCUUCUGCUCCAUCGGCUCGUCGUCAUGCAGAAUAACUUCCUCAGUAGCGCCGCCAACAAGCAGGGCAGCGCUUCCGAGCAGAUGGCUCGCGCCCGAGCUAAUUUUGAGCGGACCCUCGCCUUCUGGUUCUCUGCCUUGCUGAAGAUCGUGGUCAUCCAUCGGAAUUCCUUCGUGCCGUCUUCCCUGACUGCGCGGCCCACCAUCAUCCAGGAGCAGUCUCGCCUCUUGAUCUCCAUCUUCUGCAUCUCGCUUGCACGUCUGCCUGACAACGUGCUGCGUCUUUUCCCCGCCGCCGACUACUUCCCCCACCCCGUCUUGUCGGAAAAGGACCGCCCAUGCCCUGGGAUCCUGCUGCAGACGCACGCGCUGGACGUCGCAGCGUCCCUAAUCGACAUGUUCCCAGACGAGGCGCGGCAGGGCUGCGCACGCUUCCUCAAGGAAAAAUGCCCGCCAUUUAUCCAGGUCCAAGCCAAUCCCCGGGUCCCGUAUCUCCUCGGGCCGGUCCCGGACGUCGCUGCGAACGCCCCUCAACCGGCGUCCCUCUCGUCGCCGUCGCCUGUAGCCAGUGGGUCAACGCCUACCCCAAUCCCCUCAAACAGCUUUACCCCCGGCCCAGCGGCGCCGCAACACCAGAUCCCGGCGGCGAGUAUACCGCCUGGCCUAUCGGAAGGCGCCAACUACAUUGCCGGACAGCUUCGCCUGCAGUACCGCGGCCGGGUGGUGGGCCCCUAUCCAGUCCGUCCGUGGGAACUCCUCGAAGACGCAGCUCCUAUCGUCGGGGUGAAUGAUACGGCGAUUAACCUGAAACAUUUCGAUGCCCGCCGAGUCCGGGCUUGA